CCAAGGAGACGCUGCCACCAGACCCAGACUUGAGUACGUACUUCUCCACAACCACCAUGUCCCAGACCAAAGCCCUGAAGGCCCGCGUGACCCUCUUCUGCAUCCUGGUGGGCAUCGUGCUGGCCAUGGUGGCCGUGGUGACCGACCACUGGGCCGUGCUGAGCCCCCACGUGGAGCACCACAACGCCUCCUGUGACGCAGCCCACUUCGGCCUCUGGCGGAUUUGCACCAAGAGUAUUGUCAUGAGUGGCAGCAAGGACAAGAGCUGCGGACCUAUCACCCUGCCUGGGGAGGAAAGCUGUUCCUACUUCAGGCAUUUUAACCCAGGCGAGAGCUCAGAGAUCUUCGAAGUCACCACUCAGAAAGAGUACAGCAUCUCGGCCGCCGCCAUCGCCAUCUUCAGCCUUGGCUUCAUCAUCCUGGGAACCAUCUUCGUGCUCCUGUCCUUCAGGAAGAAACGGGACUACCUGCUGAGGCCGGCGUCCCUGUUCUACGCCUUCGCAGGUCUCUGCAUCUUCGUCUCGGUGGAGGUGAUGCGGCAGUCGGUGAAGCGCAUGAUCGACAGCGAGGAAACGGUCUGGAUCGAGUACUAUUACUCCUGGUCCUUCGCCUGCGCCUGCGCCGCCUUCAUCCUCCUCUUCCUCGGUGGCCUCACCCUCCUGCUUUUCUCCCUGCCUCGGAUGCCCCAGAACCCCUGGGAGUCCUGCAUGGACGCCGAUCCUGAACACUAGCCCUCCUGGGGGCCCAGUGACUCGCAGGGCUGUCCCCUCAGGAAGC